CUCGAUUCAGGCGCCUGCGACAGUACGACGAGCUCAUGGUGAAAUGAGCGAGCAAGAGCAGCCAGAUGACCUCCAGCAACAGCAGCAGCAGGUUGACCGAAAGGGCAAACGACGAGCAAUCAUCCACGAACCUUCAGAACGGACGCCUUUGUUAGGCGGAACCUCCCAAAUACCAUGGACGGUUGUCAACGACGUCGAGGACUCAAGUCGGGCGCGGAGGACGCUGAGGUCAAGGCUGGCAACAGUCUUCCUAGCGUCACUGUCGAUAUGCACUGUUGUCUUCGCUGCGAUAGCGCUUCUGGCUUGGUCGUAUGCCGCCAAAGCAGCGGAUCUGACCCCAGAAGACCUCAUCAACAACGACCUUGUCUUCGAUGGUCCUCAGAAGGUCGACCUCCACAACGUGACCAAAGACGGGGGAAUAUGGGUGACCGUGCACGGUCGUAUGGGAGUGGACGUAGGAGACGCUAUGGGCAUCAACUCCGACCCCGACGAUGGACUUCUUCAGCGGCUGUGGAAGAAGAUUGGACGGCAAGGCGUUCGGACCUUGCACACAGUAUCAGUGAAUCUGAGCACUGUGACGGUCAUGCCCGAGUUUGACCCAUUUACGACCCUCGCGACCCUCGACAUUCUCCCUCUCGACCUGCCACUCACUGUGGAUCCACCAGAAGACGACUCAUGGUUGACUCCUGUAUCGCUCCCAGUCCUCCUCUACCCCACCACCAACUCCAGCCUUAUCACCAAGUUCCUCAGAGACGCAUGGGAUAGAGGCUACUUUGCUGUUCGUGCCGAUGUCGACAACGUCCUUGUGAGAGGAGGGCAUUUGGACAGGCCAAGUUGGAGAACAAAGUUCCAUGGGAGGUUGUCUAACAUCCGGACGUCGCUUAGAAUGAAAGUCCCCUCUAUCCCAGGACUGCCUCGCCCCGGAUCCAACGCCCCCUUCCCCGACCCUUCUCAGCUCAUCACCCUUAAAUCCUUUUCGAUCAAGUCUUCGGCGACGCAUCUCAAUAUCGCAGCAGAAGCAACAACCCUCAACCCCGCUCCCCAGUCCUUUCAGUUCACCUCCCCAUCACUCCCCUUCACCGUUUCCAUGAUCGACGAGGAUGCGUCUCUGGUGGACGUAGCUUCUGUCGUCGCUGAACCAUUCACGCUCACCCAUCCAAACAUCACCCUCCACGUCAAUGGCUCAGUGCUACCCAUCAGGCCAUCCACAUUCUCCACAUUAUCCGCCUUUCUCAUGCGCUAUCUCUCUGGGCUCCCCAACCGCAUCAGCAUUGCCUCCAGCUUGUUCCCAACCUUGUCCAUUGCAACCGACUUCCCAGGUCCUAAUCCCCGACCCGACGUCCUCCGCAAUGUCACUCUCCGCGACAUGAAGCUCAAGACGAAGGCGAACGGUCAUUUCCUGGCCAGCGGGACUGUCUUUGCGCGUAUCGUCCUUCCCAGAGGGAUGAACAUCGGGCUGAAUGUUUCUCGCGUUCUGCCUGAUGUUCUCAUCUUUGACGGGGAGGUGGAUCGAAAUGGUGACCCUACGUCGCCGGAUCCCUUACCAGACCCUCUCCCAGAAAGAGCGUUUGGGCGUAUUCGUCCUGAGGAUUGGCUCAUUGCGCACAGUGUCCCUGACGAUAGUAGUGAUGAAGGCGAAGGUUCCGCGUAUACUGUGUCGGCUAAAGUCAAGGAUGUCCCACUGGAAGUACUCCCAGGUCGCCAGAAGGAGUUUAGUAACUUCGUUAGCAAGGUGAUAUUCACCAGCGACGGCGCUGUAGCAGGUCUACAAGGAACAGCGGCUGUAACAGUCCAAGUCGACGGCCUCCCUCUGGAACGUCCAGGGGCUGCAUCGAACCACCUCAUGCUCGCUCACCUGCCCUUCCAAGGGAGCGUCCGGAUAACGAAGAAGACGCUUCUCCACCAGACUGUUCAUCAUUUACAGUAUAUUCUAGAUCACCUUGCGGAAUACUUCCCAGUGUAA